GUCCACUUAUUGUUAUUUGUCUGAAACAGAGAGUGAGAGAGAGGGCAAAACCCUAGCUUUGGAGUCUUCCCUCCCAUCUCCCACUUCUUGCAAUCUCUGCAGCCAUGGCGAGUACCAAAGUUCAGAGGGUUAUGACCCAACCUAUUAACUUGAUUUUCAGGUUUCUUCAGAGCAAAGCGCGCAUUCAGAUUUGGCUUUUUGAGCAGAAGGAUUUGAGGAUUGAAGGCCGAAUCAUCGGUUUUGAUGAAUACAUGAAUUUGGUUCUUGAUGAUGCUGAAGAAGUGAACGUCAAGAAGAAAAGCAGAAAGACAUUAGGGAGGAUCCUUCUUAAAGGAGACAACAUAACCUUGAUGAUGAACACGGGGAAAUGAUUAACACUCUGGCACAGUUGUAAACUCCGUUCCUAUCCAACAAGAAAGAAAAAUUAUCUUUCCCUUUCCAGUUUAAUUACUGUUUCUCUUGUUAACAUCUUGAAUAUGUUGUGGGAGAAAUAUUAUCAUGUAUGAAUCUGUGAAUUUUUAAUACUCUAGAUAAAUUCUUAGUUGAGCAGUUUAACAUGUUAUAUUGCCAUCAGUUUGCCUCUAUUAUAUUUGUGCCUGGAAGCUUGUGAUUUUAUGACUGAGGAAGUAUAGCAUCAAUCUUAACCUCAUUUAGUGGAUUUCUCCUUUUAUUAUGUUUA